AUGAAGAUCCCUGCUUCUCUCCUUUCUUUGGCUGCUGCUGCCGCAGCUCAAUCGGUGAUUGAAAGUUCCAGCUUUGGUUUCGGCCAGACGUUAUCAACAGAUGGCGGUGCCAUUUCUGGGUGGCAGACUGGAGGAGAAUCGCACAAUCCCGACAUCCUUUCUAACAAGAUUAUCCUGACACCGCCUUACCCUGGCAACACAAGGGGAUUUGCUUGGUCCCAGACUCCUGUAUCGCAAUCGGAAUGGACUGCAGAGUUCCAAUUCCGAGCGACUGGUCCCGAAAGGGGUGGAGGUAACCUCCAGCUCUGGUAUGCCAAGGACGGCAAAGACAGAAUUGGCACUUCCAGCAUCUAUACCGUCAACCAAUUCGACGGUUUUGCUCUGGUCAUUGACAGCCAUGGCGGAAGGGGUGGAAGUGUGCGCGGGUUCCUCAACGAUGGCACUACAGACUACAAGAGCCACAGAAGCGUUGAUAGCUUGGCCUUUGGUCACUGCGACUACCCUUACCGCAACCUUGGACGGCCCUCUACCGUCCGCCUGAAGCACACCAAGUCUGUCUUCGAGGUCACUGUCGACGACAAGCUGUGCUUUUCCACCGACAAGGUCGCUCUCCCUACCGGCAACGUCUUUGGUCUUACCGCUGCAACCCCCGAGAACCCUGACUCCUUCGAAGUCUUCAAGUUCGUUCUCCAAUCCGCCGAGUCUGGAGCAGGCAGCACUGUGCCCGUCCAACAGCAGAACACCAACCAGCAGCCCAUUGCCGCUCAGCAACAGGCCGUUCCUCAACAGCAGCAGCAGGCACCCCCUGUCAACACUGGCUUCGAGCAGCAGUUUGCCGACCUGAGCAACCGCGUUCAGGGCGUUAACCAAGCCACCGACAACAUCCUUCGUGAACUCGGAAGUCAAGACACCAAGGCCGCCAACCGCCAAGUCGAGCUCCUCCAGAAGCUCGCCAGCAAGGACCAGAUCGCCAGCCUCGACGCCAGACUCCAGAAAAUGGAACAGAUGCUGCAGACCAUCCAGCGUGACCUGGAGGGCAAGGACUACCACGGCCGCUUCAACCAGCUUCAGGAGACCUUGCGCUCGUCUCACCUCAGCUUGACCGAGAACCUCUUGGGAGUCAUCACAUCCUCCGCCCCGCGCAUGGGUUUCUUCAUCUGCAUGAUCAUCGCCUUCCAGGGUCUUCUUGCCGUGGCUUACAUCAUCUACAAGCGUCGCCGUGCGAACAUGCCCAAGAAGUUCCUCUAA